AUGUCUCAUCGUCGUCAUCGGCAGUCCAAAUACUUGGAAUUGUAUUGUUGUUUGUCGAAUGAAUUUCUUCUUACUUAUCCUCAACCGCAAAUCUUAUCAUAUGAUGACAAGAAGAAGAAGAAAAAAACGUGUCGAAACACAAAUGCAUUCAAUUCACUACCAACAAAAUACGAUUCAAAAAGUGAAGGAAUCAAAUCAACGAGAAUUAUGUCGAGAGAACCUCCGAAUCAUCAAGUAGAAAUUUAUAUGAAAAAAGAUUCAUCGGACAAGGCAGAUGGGGAUAAACAAACUAAGAAAUCUGCACGUAAAGUAUUCGAUACAAUCCAUCAAUUGAAAAUCAAUGAUGAUCGUGAAUUGCGAUUAUCUAAAACAUUAACUCGUACGUCAACAUGGAAUAAUUUUCAAGACAAUAGGACAGCAUCAUAUUAUAAUCAUGUUCAACGAGAACAUUUACAGCAACCUGUCAUGUUAUCACCAUCGAGAAACAAAAGAAAAAUGAACUCUUCUGAAAGAUCAAAUAGUUUGGUUUCAUCUAUAGAAUCACAAAGUCAUUUGUCUGGUUCAGACGAACGAAAAACUUAUUCAAUAGAAAAUGUAGUAAUUGAUUAUGAAAGUAAUCAGUCGUUGAACGAGAACAUCAAAUCUCAAAGUGAACAUAUCGAAGAAUUUCAACCUAUGUCUAAGAUUUCAUCGAUUAUACUCAAUGAUAUUCUUUUAUCAUCAUUGUUUCCAAAUGUGACUAAUAAUCCUCUCGUCUUCGCUAACGAUGAUAUGAAUAAAACAUCUUUGAUGAUAUUUGAUGACGAUAAUCCAGAUAUAACAGAACUGAUAAUGAUUGAUCAAUUACCGAAAAAAAUCUAUUCACUCGUUGAAUCUAUCGAAGAAUUAUGUAUUCUUAUUCGAAAACUAUUACAAUCUCAAUUAAACCAACGAAACAUCACCUCUCUUCAAAUCAGACUUACAACUCAACUAGCACUUCUAUUAACUUAUUUAGUCAUACCUCAACACGAAAAAGAAACUGCUGAUAAAGUCACAUCGACAGAUGUAACCUUUCAAACAGCCACGAUCGAAACUCAAACAGAUUUUGAACGAAAAAAUGCAUCUAAUAAUCAACAAUCAACUUCUAUACAGGAACCAUUGUCACAUAUAGAAUUGAUAUCAACUAGCGUAACCAUACAUUUACCCUCACGUCAUCUUCACUACGCUCUAUCCGAUACAUUUGUUCAUCGUCUUCAACGUUAUUCCAUUUCUCAUCCCAGAAUAUCUUCAUUUUCGGAGACUUUCAUCCAUCAUCUCCACCAAUCAUCAUCAUUACCAAAAAACAAACUUAAGCGUUUGCUGAAGUUUGUCGAACUGGAGUCUUCAAAUACAUUUCUAGAGGCAAGUACUGAGUUUACACCUGAUUUUCAAAUAACAACGAUGAACAGUUCGAAAUAUGAUGAUCACACAGAACAGUUUGGAAUCGACAUAGGAAAACUUGAAAUACUUCCAUCAGAUUCCUUACAGACGAGUAGAUCUGUGAAUAAAUUCAAUAUUGACGAAGAAAAUACACUAAAGAGUUCAAUUACCGAAACGAAUAGUCUUUUUUUACAUAAUACUACAUCAUUAUCACAUGAUGAAGAUGAAUUCAUCACGCCAACAGUCAACUGUCAAUUACUGGAACCACUGUUGAAUUCACAUCAGCUGCAAAUGCCUAUCUUACUAAGAAAAUCAAAUAGCAUCGAUUCGAUUUACGCGAAACAAACAGCGCACAUACGAUCGAAUCGAAGUAUUGUUGGUAAACGAGUGAUGCUUAAAUCCAUUUCAAAUCACGAACGAAGGAAAACAACUUCAAUUUUGAAUUACAAUAACAACUACCAUGAACACGAUUAUCGUUCGAAAACUUCGUCUCUAUCAACUAUUGCAGAUAAAUUCGAUUCAAAUCUUGCACUUGCUCAAGAUUUACUCGACAUGCUCGAUUCUCUUAAUGAUUAUUCAUCAACAACGAAUGUUAGUUCACUGCACAUGUAUAUUCAGCAAUUUCUUAUUCAAUUUGAUACACGAAAAUAG